UGUCAGAGUUCCAACAUCAGCACGGCAAACUCUCCUACUCAGUUCGGCUGCAAUCAAACCACCAAUGACAAUCAAAACCUUCAGCAAUCGCCAGACUGGGCAGGAAGCUCUCUGCCUAAUCGUCAUAUCUCUCCUGAUGCUGUUGAAUGGACUCGUCUCUGCUUACAUUUUAAGAGAUGGAGUCCAAGACCCAGGGUCUGAUGCGUAUGGUCCUCCAAAAAUCAUUGUACCCACUGGAAUGACCGUCAAAGCUGAGCUAGGCAAGUCACUGAAGCUAACCUGCCAAGCAAUUACUUGCUAUACUGACAAAUUUUCCACAAUCAUUUACUGGUUGGCAAACCACGAGUUCAUCGAGGAUGUGUUUGAGAACAACAGGGUGAAAGAAGGACAGGAAAUAUUUAUGACUGAAAAUGGAAAAACUCUUAUCCAGAAAUAUUUGGAGUUCACCAAAGUCACGCCUGGAGAUUUCAAGACUAACUUCACGUGUGCUGUGCUGAAUCCCACUGGAAGUUCAGUGAAAACCAUCACCUUAGCAGAGAUGCAAGUCGGAGGUUUGACUACAAGCGAUCAACUUGAGAAAAGCAGCGAGAUUCAAUUAUGAUGUGAAGCUACAGGAAUCAAUACUGGAAGCACAUUUACCUCAAAGACUAACUGGCUAAGCAAACAAGGAGAUAUCCAAGAACCAAUAGCACAGAACAUUUGCUACCAAAUGCACGAUUGUAUUACCCAUCAACAUUAAAUAGAGAACAAGUGCACAGUCUGCCUGGCCCAGGACAUACUGUGCUUCAUUUUAGCAUUCUUUCCCUUUCCUGGAGCUUAAUAGCUCAUUGCAUAACAGCUCUGUGCUUAACACACCCCGCCUACAACUUUGGAUGCUGUGGAUUCAAGUCUCUCAUUUGGGGUCUUGAGCACUGUGAAUUAGAACUACGCUGAGAGCAUGGGGCUAAGGGUAUGCAGCACUGUCACAGGUGACAUCUUUCACCUAGAAAAUCCCCUCAAGCUCUACUGCAAAGGCAAAGGAGCCUUCUGCCGUUUUUAUUGUGUACAAUAAUACCAUAAAUAAAUACUAUUGAUACACUGAGA